GCAACAUCGAUUCCUCUCAUUACUUCUCUCCUGUCCUACACCAGUAAUCUCUGUUUCUUUAUCUUCUGUCCUUUAGACUGUGCUAUACUCCUUGCCAUCUACCAUGCCUGACAAGCCUCAAAACAGUAAAGACAACUCGAUCCCACCUCCUCUGGAUCCUUUCCCCACCUACCAGACACCCUUCCCUCGAUCAAAUAGGGACGAUGACAAUCCCUUCAUACAGUUCCGUCGAUUUGCCGAUGAACAGUUCUCAUCGAUGUUCCAAGGUAUACCUCGUCUCCUUGGAUUUCAGAGCAACAGACACUUUGAGGAUAUGAUACGGGAGAGGCAGGAACGGGAAGAAGGAUGGCGCAAGCAGAUCGAACAGGAGAUGGAGGAAUGGAGACAGAACCGCGAAGGACUCAUGCAGAGAUUGACACAGAGACUCGAGAACAACAUCCCAGAACGUAUUGAGCAAAUGAGACAGCAUCGCGAACGCAUGAGACGCAUGGAGGACGCCGAGAAAUCCAGCGAGGAAUCCACACAAUCUUUGCCACAGAUUACACCAUGGUCGGCUCGAGAUGCGGCCUCCAAAUGCCCGGCGUCGAAUGGCAGCCAGCACUUACAAGGUCGACCCAAGUGUCAUGCAUGGCGCAACAGGAAUGAGCAAGCAAGGACAGAGUUGGAUGCUUACGAAACCUCAGAGCAUGAUAGCCUUGCACCGAACGCGCCAGGAAUACAGUCAGGCUCCGACGACACACCUAGACAACGAUCAAAGUCGUGGUUCUCGUCAUUUGGCUGGGAUGGCAGAAAGAUCGAGCAAGGCAGGGAUAAGGACGACUCCAAACGAGUUUCACUUGAGUGCGAGGAACGAUCGUCUCAGCCUGUCACCUAUACUAUGUUCUCUACCAAGUCUAUGGACCCCUUCGACGACACUUCCGUCACCAUGCCCUGGCUCAUGUUGAACAAGUACUCCCCGAUAUACCUUUGCAAUCCCUCUCAACCGAGGAUGUAUGAGGUACAACUACAUGAUGCCGAGGACGUACCAUUCCGAAUCUCAAGGCCAAGAUUCUUCGAGCCAUCGCCACGCCAUCAUGAGUUCAAUGAGAGGUUGGCGAAACAGCUCCCCUGGGCAGAUGCGUUUGAAGACCUCAUCAGCCUACAACAAACCGGCAGAAUGGUGGACAGAGACUACUCGACUUGGCGCACUCCGAGUACUUGGAUCCAUGAUAUGGUCUAUCGAGGGAGCUUGGGCCCUCGCUGGGCUUUCAAUCACGAUGGAAUGCUGAUCAGGCGUUCAGUUGACGCCGAGACUCGUGCCCGACAGCAAGGGCAACGCUACGGGUGGCACGAUGGAUUCGCCGGACAGUCUUCGCUUCUUUUGGGACGGAAAGUGAGCGAAUUUCUUGACGAGAUGGGCGAUAAUGUGACAAAAACCAUUGCAACAUCACCCAUGUUUAGCAGCGUUUUGUCGGCCGCCAAUGCAAUUGUGUCGGCUGCCGAAGAAGCGCAGAGAGACUUCGAGAGCAUGGCACCAGAGACUGUUGACGAGCGAGGAGAAGAAUCCAGACAGACGCAAGACGCCGAGGUCGUUUCUGAGCAAGUGCGGUCGACAGCCUUCUCCCACGCCUUUGAAAGUUCGUUCUCAUCAUCCAUCAAUCAGGGAGGGACUGAAAAUCAGGUUGUCGGCACAACAACGUCCAUCAGUCAACGGACGCUUCCGGAUGGCUCCGUCGAGACCAAACGCAUCUUCAACCGACGGUUUGCCGAUGGGACCACAGAGUCCGAGGAGAGCGUUGAUGUGAGCCAUGGCCCAGCUGCUCAGCCCAGACCUCUUUACGGAGCCCAGGCGAAUGAACAGCUUGAGACCGGAACAGCUCCCGCCGCUUCAUUUCAUUCCGAAGACGGCGAAGGGCAUGGUUCCAUCCCGAGGUCAGAAAGACAACGUCAAGAGACUACAGACGGAGCAACUCAGGGGCAAACCGAGAACUCCACUGAGCAACCUAAACGAGGUGGCUGGUUUUGGACAUGAUCGAGGCUCAGCCCUUGAUGUCUCGUAUUAUCCUUUUUGAUCCAAGACCCCUGCGACAAGGGUCUAUUGACCACGUUCUGGGGAAUUCAUGGAUCGUAACAACUACCUAAAUACUUUUGUCGUCUGGACAGUCUCCACUCACUUACUCUUGCUCUUUUUGGUGGUUCGACGGUGAUGUAUUUUGUUGAGAUGACGAUUUGGAAAAAUGAAUUCAUGAUGUUUAUGUCUGUGUAUACCUAGGUAGCUACUAGCAGUGUCUUGGAGUUACAAUAUAUAUGAUCUCCUCUC